UGGCGAGACCUUUGAGCGUGUAGCGGAAGAAAAGGACCUUCUCGACACCUCGUUCUUCUUUUCUUCUUUUCUUCAACUCGUCUUCUCGUUAUUCUCGUAACGCAGAAUCUCGAUAGUGAUCGCUCGCUUCCUGCAACGUCUGCUCGAUGGAAUCCUCCGCUCCCGAGGUCACCGCAGUUGUCACUGUCGCCACUCCUACCUUCGUUUCGGACUUAACCGGUAUCAGUCUCGACGAGGGAGAUAAAACGUCGAAGAAAGUCAGGGUCGUUAGGAAGACCCCUGCUGGUCGAGCGGGUGUCCAGGCCCGGGCAGCUGCGUCGUCGAGCAGUGAUCCUUCCUCGGCACUUGAUAUCGACGAAGGAGAGGAGUCUUUGGGCUCAUCCGACAAGGUCGUUAUCGCGUCCGAACCUGCUAAGAAGGCUCAGCACAAACCGCAGCAAGCCAUUUCGCAGGGGGAGGCUUGCAUCAAACAGCGUCUCGUUGACUCCCUAGAUUUAAGGGGCAGCUUGUUACCAGUGGAGAUCGAAGCUCAGAAGCAAGAGCUCCAGGCCCGCCUGAAGUUUACCCCCUUUCCGGACGCUUCCCAAAGCCCACGACUGUACUUUUACCAGGUCGAGGAACCAGAUGCCUUUGUCGUUAAAGGAACGUACGGGAAAUGCUUCACCUUCACCGACAGAUUCAGUUGCGGUGCUGGUCACGUCGAAGCGGACGCAGCCUGUGCCAUCAGAUUGGGCCGCGGAGCGGAUACAGAGGUAGACUUUUCCUUUCUGGAACCGGCAACGACUUCGGUAUCCUGUUAUGUGGAGCCUGCACGUCAGGACGCGGAAGCGAAAUAUCUUUUUAGCCAACAGCAACAUGCGCAAUGGUUUGCUGAACGCGGCCGUGUUUACCUCGAGAAUUCCCCUUGCAACAAUGUUUUCGCCCGGUUUCGUCGGGACAAGCCCUGGCAGCCUGGAGAUAGUGGCUUGCCCAUUACAUUCACAAAAAAAGUUGCGGGGGGGCCCCACUAUCUUGGCUACAUGGUCAUUGCUCGUCGGAAGGGGGACGAGCGUUUAGCGCUGGCUAUAUCGCUGCCUCGCCUUCUGGCUUGCCCGUUUGUGCGUCUCUUGGAUGAUUUGAAAGCUAAGCGAAACCCGUUAGAUGCAGAGAUGGCACUGGUCCUUGGGUAUCUCCAGGCAUACUUGACAGAGCGGGAGAGCUGUGGUGACGAUUGGGAACUUAUCACGGAAGUAGCCGCGUGGGUUGACGAAGAAAUGAAGUUGUUUCCUGAUAACCUGAAAGCUGACUUGGAUCAAUACUGCACCACCGACGAAUUCGAUGUUUCCAAGGUCCGGAACCUUCGCCAGAAGCUGACGGAGACUCCGGACUAUCAGAGAAAGUAUCUGGUUGCAAAACAAAAGCAGCGAGAGUAUUUGGACGAACCGGAAGAAAUUCCGUAUGCGAGCGGUCGUCUUGAGCUCGCGCUGCCACAGAGCUUGACUCAGCUACCAACAUCGAAAUACGAUGAACACAUCAUUCGCAUGAUCUCUACAGGAACCAAAGGCAAAAGAUGGGAAAUCCUGCGCAAAGCCUUGGUGUUUGCUGAGUGUCUCAAUGCGGAGGGUAAACUCGAAACAGACGCCUGCUGGUUCCUUCGUUACAACAGCGGAACAUUCUAUUCUUUGAUGUAUGAGUUUCAGGCACUCGGGAAAGAUGACGAAGACUUCCCGCUGGACUGCCCCGACAAGCCGCGAAAGGGCGUAAUACCUUUCGCCACCAUGCGUCCUUAUCGGUGUUGGCCGUAUUCGACAAAGCCCCUGUCGAUCAUGGACUCUGACCACUUUGACCAGGAACUUAAAAAAGAAUUGCUGAAGCCUACCCAUGCUAUAUUGAAUAUCUGCCAUCAUCCCCAACUCUGUGAGAGGAAUCCGCACGCCUAUUUUGGGAGUUUAUCAAAAAAAGGCUUAGAGGACAAGCGAAGGAAGGCGGGUGAGAAACAGGAGCCGAAGAAGGCCGAGACACAGAAAGGGACGGCGAAGAAGGAAAAGGAAAGCAGUAAUUCGCAAAAGUCACCGAAGCCGAGUGAGAACGACAAGCCAGAAGUUGCUUCGAAUGCAGGAGGGACAACUGCUAAGCCGACAACAAAAAAUGAUUCAAACCGACAUGCGUGUUUCCGACCCUCCCACCUGCACAAAAUGACUGCCGCAGUUAACAGGUUUUGCGAGUACCUUCAGCACGUUGACUCCUUACCCGAAGUCUUCCCUAAAGUAUCCGCACCACAUACGCCCUCCAGUUCUGGUGAAGCGGCCCUGCCCCUCAGUGCCGUCCAAAGCAACACAGCGACCAGUUCUGGUGAAGCGGCCCUGCCCCUCAGUGCCGUCCAAAGCAACACAGCGGGCUCGGUGGCCGAAGGCUCGUCCAUUCUCAAGCAGCCUAUCGCUAAGAAGUCGGCGACACUCGCUUUUUCCGACGUAGGGGUUCAUUCUCCUGCUCCCAAUCAGAAGACGGGCGACGCUGACGGCAUUUCUGGAGCCUCAGCUUCUCCUCCUACCGAUCAGUAAUCAAGCCUGAAAAUUUUUGGCAUCGAACGCGCCGGAUCUGGGUCACUGUGGGGACGAGAGACUACGGACACAGUCUGCCGAGUGUGACCAACCAAAGGCGUAUAGAAUUCCUAUGGAUCAGGACAGCAUACUCGACCCAACUCAACAGUCGUAAGAGCUUCAAGGGCACUCGCCGGCUGCGGAAUGACAGCUUUGCAGAGCUACCUAGGUUGUC